UCUCUCAAAAACAAUUAUAAGAAUCAGGCCUGCCAAAGCAAAAGAAGGGGGGGUGGGUUGCAAUAAAGAAUGGAGAACGGGAAAAGAAGACAUUGCCAGCCCCCCAUCUUGGAGUUACAAAUUGCAGGAAAAGGUUCUUCACGAUUCUGAUCAGCCCAGAUCAUGAAACUUCUUUGCUCUUCUUCUCAACAGCUCUCACGUACUCAUCAUACUCCAGUUGGUUUAGUUAAUGCAAGAUCCCAAGAACUCAAACACAAGAUUCGAUUGAUCUCAAUCCACGAAGCUGCUACAUAUCAAGAAAUAAAGCAUGACAUCAUGUACGUGCUUGAUCUUUCGCAUGAAUAGGAAGCCGGCCUGGUAUCAAAGAGCAGUGAAGAUGGCCACUGUUUGGAGAAGUACCAUUUCCAAGUCCAGAGAAAUCCCUACGAAAAAUGCUACAAUAUUAUGGAGAGGUACCAUUUCCAGAGCCACUACAGAAAUCGAUCAUCCAACUCAUGCGAGCUCCAAAUUAUAUACUAGAAACAACAAGCUAAGCAAAUGCAGCUCUCUAAAGAUUGCCACCACUACGUUUACUCGAGUUUGUCUUUGUGCACCAAUCUCUUCCUACAAGGAGCUUAAUUUCCGAGCUGAACAGAUUCCACCCAGAAGAAGCAACAGUUACCCAAGAUACUCAAAGUCGAGUACGACGUUUCCCACGUCACAGGAUGGAGUAAAUUAUAAUAUUCCUACCCCAAGACUUAGUGUGGAAGGUGGGAGAAGAGUUUUCCGGGGAAAGUCUCUGACGGAUGAUGUUUUGAUGAGAAGAUUUGUGGUUGAAGAAGAAGCAAUGAUGCAAGUUAGGAGGAGGAAUCAAAUGGAAGCUAUAAGGAGGAGAAGUAUUAUGAGAAGGAAGAAGCUUGGGCCCAGUCGUCUCAGUAGAAUGGUUAUGGCAGGGGAAGAACAUGCAUGAUAAUCAUGAUCGAAUCAGUAGUUGAUCGAAAUUAUAAGUAGUUUAUAGUAAAUUUUGGGGGGGAAAUCAUUUUUCAUUAUUUGAUCGGGUUACCUUCAUAUAUAUAUGUGGGCAAUUUUUCAUGUAAUCAAUUAUUUUAUGGAAAAAAAAAUCCGGAAUUAAUUUGUUCGGUUGGAUGAUUUUAUAUAUUUGAAUAUUUCUUUAUAUAUUUGAAUAUUUCUGCAAA